GCGGGCGGGGGCGGCCGAGGCCGCCGAGCUCCGGGAGCUGCUGGCCGCGGUGGAGCGUUCGGGCGCGAGCCGGCUCAGCCCCUCGACCUCUUCGUGGGCCGCCACGGGUGACGCGGAGGCGCCCUCGACGCCCUGGGGCCGCCCCUCGCCGUCGCCCGCGGAGGCGCCCCACCUCGCCGCGGGCGCGCCGCCCUGGGAGGGCGCGGCGGUGCUGCAGAGGCGGCUGAGGGACGAGGAGGCCGCGGCGCGGGCGGGGGCGGCGGAGGCCGCAGAGCUCCGGGAGCUGCUGGCCGCGGUGGAGCGGCAGGGCAUGGAGCGGCUGAGGCAGCUCGAGGGCUUCGAGGGCCGCAUCGCGGGGCUCUCCGAGGCG